AUGCCCUUCCAAACCCACCGCCCAUCUCAAACCCUCCUCAUCCCCAAAAAGCGACCCCUCCUCGAGCCUACCAAAACCAAAGUCAAGGCUGUUCAGCACCAAACAUUCAAUAAUAGUCCCACCACCACCACUAAACCGGGAGAACAAGAAAAAGAAGGACAAACCCAACCUACAGAAUACGAUUUCGCGCGCAUCCCGCAGCCGUUUCUGGAUCCGCGGUUGUGGGAGAAUAUUAAGGUUGUGGAUUCUUUGGUUACUUCUUCUUCUACUACUACUUCGUCGUCUACUGCAGCUUCUUCUGGUGGUGGUGCUGCUGCUACUGGUGCUGCUACUGGUGGUGCGAGAGUAAGCAAUAGGGAGAAAAGCGCAACGAACGAGAAAGAAGCAGAAGAAGAAGACCGCAAGAAGAGCCUAAGAGAGGCGGAGUAUGGGCGGAUGGCUGUUAGGGGGAGGACUGGGGUGAGGAGGGGGUAUCGAUGA